CUUGCCCAGAGGCUGCGGCAGGAGCUCUGUGAUACUUUGGCAAAGGCCGCUCCACCAGCUGACCACAUCUCUCCAGCUUGCAGAGAAGCAGUCCUGGCAGACAUUGUGUUCCUAGUGGACAGCUCGACCAGCAUUGGACCCCGGAACUUCCAGAAAGUGAAAAACUUCCUUUACUCUGUUGUCUUGGGGCUUAACAUCAGCAGUGACCAGGUCCGAGUGGGACUUGUCCAGUAUAAUGACAACAUCUACCCGGCCUUUCAGCUGAACCAGUACCCUCUGAAGAGCAUGGUCCUGGAGCAGAUCCAGAAUCUGCCCUACCGCACAGGAGGCACAAGCACGGGGAGUGCCCUGGAGUUCAUCAGGACCAACUACUUGACUGGGGCAGCUGGCAGCCGGGCCCAGGACCGGGUUCCUCAGAUAGUUAUCCUGGUGACAGAUGGCGAGUCAAGUGAUGAAGUCCAGGAGACCGCUGACAGGUUGAAAGAAGAUGGAGUUGUUGUGUAUGUGGUAGGGAUUAAUGUCCAGGAUGUCCAGGAGUUGCAAAAAAUAGCCAGUGAGCCAUUUGAGAAGUUUCUCUUCAACACUGAAAACUUCAACAUCCUGCAGGAACUCUCAGGAAGCAUCCUUCACACCCUGUGCUCAGCAGUAGAGGGUAAGGUUAAAGAAUUCAACAAGGCUUAUGCAGACGUGGUCUUUCUUGCUGACACCUCUCAGGACACAUCAUGGGACAGUUUUCAGCGGAUGAGGCAUUUCAUCUCCAGAGUGGUUAGCAUGCUGGAGGUUGGCAAGGACAAGUACCAGAUUGGGCUGGCUCAGUAUGGCGAUCAAGGUCACACUGAAUUUUUGCUCAAUACCUACCAGACGCAGAAUGAGAUGAUUGUUCACAUCCAGGAGCAGUUUAGGCCCCGGGGUGGCCCCAGGAGGACAGGCAAGGCUCUGCGGUACCUUCGUCAGACCUUCUUCCGGGAGGCAGCAGGAAGCCGGUUUCUCCAGGGCGUUCCCCAGUAUGCAGUGGUCAUUACCUCGGGCAAGUCUGAGGAUGAGGUCUGGGAGGCCACGCAGGCGCUGGGGAAGAAAGGCGUGAAAGUCAUUUCUGUGGGCAUGCAGAACUUCGACAGGAAAGAACUGGAGGGGAUGGGAACCCCAUCCCUUGUAUUUGAGAUGCAAGGAGAAGAUGGAGUCAGACAGAUGCUGCAGGAUGUGCGUGUGGUGAUCCAAGAGGCUGGGCAGCCAGGGCUCAGGACUCAGGUCAACGAGGAGGCUGCAGUAGCGUGUCCAAAGGCUGUUCCAGCUGAUUUAGUAUUCCUGGUUGAGGAAUUUAGCAGGGCUGGUCAAUCAAAUUUCCGACAGGUUGUCAGUUUCCUAAAGACUGCUGUCAGAUCACUAAGAAUCCAUCCUGAUGCUGUGAGAAUUGGCUUGGUCUUUUACAGUGGGGAACCACGAGUUGAGUUUUUGCUGGAUACAUUUCAGAAUCCAGCCCAAAUCUUGGAGCAUUUGGAUAAAUUAACCUACCGAGGAAGAGGAGGAAGGCUCAAGACUGGAGCUGCUCUGGAUUUCCUAAGGAACAGGGUUUUCAUUCAGGAGAAGGGGAGCCGGUCCAACCAAGGGGUGCAACAGAUAGCUGUGGUCAUCACGGAAAGCAUCUCCCAAGAUAACGUGUCCAGACCAGCUUCUGUCCUCCGAAGGUCGGGAGUUACCGUGUUUGCAGUGGGCACCCAGCUUGCCUCAGAGAGCAACGACCUGGAGAAAAUGGCCUCAUACCCCCCUUGGAAACAUGCGAUCUCCCUGGAAUCUUUCCUGCAACUCUCUACUGUGGCGGACAAGAUUAAGAACCAGCUCUGCACUGAAAUUGUGGGCAAAAUGGAUUCAGAUUUAAGGGUGGGCUAUGCCCCACAAGAAGACUGUACUCUAAUGCAUUGGGUUGUUGCUUCUUCUUAUUGCCUAGGUUGUGUGCAUAUUAAGAAGGCAGAUAUUUACUUCCUUAUUGAUGGUUCUGGCAGCAUCACACCUGAAGAUUUUCUUGAAAUGAAAGUGUUCAUGAAUGCGGUGAUAAAGAUGUUCCAGGUUGGGCCUGACGGAAUACAGUUUGGAGUCGUUCAGUACUCAGACAAAACUCAGAAUCAGUUUAUCCUCAGCCAGUAUACCAGUGUGGCAGAGCUGAAGGUAGCCAUUGAUGGCAUCCAGCAGAUGGGAGGUGGCACCAACACAGGUCAGGCCUUGAAUGACAUGAAGCAGAUCUUUGCAGACACUGCCCGCAGCAAGAUACCUCAAUAUCUCAUAGUCAUCACUGAUGGAAAAUCUAACGACCCAGUGGCCGAAGCUGCAGAGGCCUUGAGAGAAGGCUAUGUCACCAUCUAUGCAAUUGGAGUAAGAGAUGCUAACACUGAUGAGCUUAGAAAAAUAGCGAACGACAAGAUUUUUUUUGUGUUUGGGUUUGAUUCCUUGAAGGCCAUUCAAACAGAAGUGGUAUGGGAUAUCUGCUCCUCAGAGAUCUGUAAGGAUAAGAAAGCUGACAUUAUCUUCCUGAUAGAUGGUUCAGAAAGCAUCUCUUCAAAAGACUUUGAAAAGAUGAAGGGAUUCCUGGAGAAAAUGGUGAACAUAUCUGAUAUUGGUCCUGAUAAAGUUCAGAUUGGCCUUUUACAGUUCAGCACAGAGCCCCGGGAAGAAUUUAUGCUCAGCCAAUACUCUUCAAAGGUGGACAUUCUCAGAGGCAUCUCAGCUGUUCAGCAAAUGAACGAUGGCACCCACAUGGGGAAAGCCCUGAAUUUCACUCUGCCUUUUUUUGACAGCUCAAGAGGAGGGAGACCCAGUGUUCGUCAGUAUUUGAUUGUGAUCACCGAUGGGGUCACAAAGGAUAGCGUAACAAUACCAGCCAAGGCCCUCAGGGACAGAAACAUAAAUAUUUUUGCCGUUGGGGUGGGGGAAGCCAAAAACUCUCAGCUUUUGGAGAUUACUAAUGACCAGGGCAAAGUGUACUAUAGAGACAAUUUUGAGUCCCUUGAGAACCUGGAGAAGACAAUUCUUGAUCAGAUCUGCACUCCACAAGAAUGUAACACGGAGUUGUCUGUAGGAAUUGAUAUCUCUACCUCCAGAAGGCAGGUUCAGCAGAAGCUUCAAAAGUUACUGCCAGAACUGAAGCAACAGUUGGCCUUGCUUUCCAACAUCAGCUGUGGUGUUCCUGGUCAGAUCAACGUGACGUUUCACUACGUGAUUCCUGGCCCAAGUGGGCAGACUACCUUUGACUCAUACUUUGAGAAUUCCAAUGACGGGAUCACCCAGAUGUUCUUGAAUGCCAAGAACAAUCUUAUGGAUGUGAAUUUUUUGCAGUCCCUGGGAAAUGUUGCUCUCCUGGCUUCUGCUAAAGUGAAGGUCCUUUUAGUGUUUACAGAUGGACUGGAUGAUGAUUUAGAAAGACUGAAGGAAAAAUCCAAGCUGCUCCGCACUGCAGGGCUCUCUGGACUCUUAGUAGUUGGCCUGGAAGGCGUGCAGAAAUUAGAAGAGCUCCAGGAGCUGGAGUUUGGCAGAGGAUUUGCAUAUAAGCAGCCUCUGAGCAUCACACUGCCAUCCCUCCCAAGCCUCUUACGGAAACAACUUGACACAAUUGUGGAAAGAACUUGCUGCAGUAUGCACCUGCAAUGUUUUGGAGAAGAAGGGGACAGAGGAGAUGAUGGGGAUCCUGGGAGCAAGGGAGAAAAGGGUCCUGAUGGAUUACUGGGCCAUCCUGGUGAAGAAGGUGUACUUGGAGAGAGAGGUCCCCGUGGUCUUCCUGGGCUCCGAGGGGAGGGAGGAUGCCUCGGUCUGAGGGGACCUAAGGGAGCCAGAGGAUCUUCAGGAGAGAAGGGUGACCCUGGGGAGGAAGGUACUGAUGGCUUGAAUGGAGAAGAGGGUGAGCGUGGAGUCCCAGGGCCAUCUGGAGAAAAAGGAAGUAGAGGAAAUCGGGGCUUGACCGGACCCCCAGGACGACCUGGAGAGCGUGGAAUGCCUGGUUUAAGGGGAGAUCCUGGGGAUCCUGGAACUGAUAGUUAUGUCCAAGCCCCUAAGGGAGAAAAAGGAAGGCGUGGACGUCAGGGAAGUUCUAGUUUUGAUGGACCUCAAGGGGAAACUGGAAACGUUGGCCCUAAACCUCCGGUGACCGAGAGCUUCCACCUGACUUCCUAUGGCCACCGGACUCAGAUGCAGCGGCUUCUGGGCGAGGCCGCGGGCCGCCCCCCGCAAGGAGCCCCCGCCCUGGGCCACGCCCUGGAGUGGACCCUGGAGAAGGUGAUCCUGGCAGCCCCGCUGCCGCGGAGAGCGCGGGUUCUCUUCGCCAUCGUUGCCAGCGAGACCAGCAGUUGGGACCGGGAGAAGCUAAGGACUUUGUCCCUGGAAGCCAAGUGCAAGGGUGUCGCUCUGUUUGUGCUGGCCUUAGGCGCGGGAGUGGGGCCCCUGGAGCUGGCUGAGCUGGAUAGUGUGGCCAGCUCCCCCUCCGAGCAGCACCUGCUGCGCCUAGAGGGAGUCUCGGACGAGGACAUGGCCUAUGCCAGGGGAUUCACACGGGCCUUUUUCAACCUCCUAAACAGUGAAACGAACCAGUACCCACCCCCAGAGCUCACUGAUGAAUGUGGGGGCCUGAACCGUGGGGACACUCUGCUGCAACCAGUCAUGCCUGUCAAGAGGUCAUCCAAGCGCCAGUUUGGCAUGUCUGCCUCUGCUGAUGAUUUGGAAGCACUUGAAGCAACAGACUUUUUUCUAGGAGGGGAGAAAACAGCCACGACAACAGCUGUAACUCAACAAAAAGCACUUGAAAAUUAUUAUGAAAAGAACAAAUAUGACUCUGGAAAAAAUGAACAAGAAACACCA